AUGCGGCUCACGCCCUCGCUUCUCUCCGCUGACUUCACGCGUCUCGCGGAGGAGGUGCGGACAGUCGAGGAGGCUGGAGCACACGGGCUGCAUCUCGACGUCAUGGACGGGCACUACGUACCCAACCUGACGUUCGGGCCCAUCGUGGUGGCGGCGGUGAGGCGCUGCACAGAUCUGCCGCUUGACGCUCACCUCAUGAUCGGAAACGCCCCGGAACACAUCAGGGCCUACGCGGAAGCGGGCGCAGACGCGAUCGCGGUGCACCCGGAAGCCGUGCCGCAUCUCCACAAGACGAUUGCCGAUCUCCGAGCCCUCGCAGUUCGGCCCGGACUGGCGAUCAAUCCCCUUUCGCCGCUCGCGUCCCUUGAAGAAGCGCUCGCCGCGGUGGACUACGCGAUCGUCAUGUCGGUCAAUCCCGGCUGGGGAGGCCAGCGCUUCAUCGAGGGAAGCAUGGACCGCGUCCGCCAGGUUCGCAAAAUCGCCGAGCGGACGAACCCGUCGCUCGAGAUCGUGAUCGACGGAGGCAUCAACGCUUCCCGGAUCGCGGCGGCGCGCGACGCCGGAGCGGACGUGGUGGUGGCGGGAUCGGCCGUGUUCGGCGCCGCCGACCCGGCGGCGGCCGUCCGGGAGAUGCUCGCCGCGUGA